AUGAGUGCUAUGAUUCAAAGUAUUGUACCUCGAUCAUCUUUUCGCUCGCAGGUCAUUACCGCACAAAAAAGCUGUAUCCCAAAAAAUUUCUAUUCUCUGUUUACACUCAUAUCUGCACAAGAUCAAACUCAAACUCAAGCUCAAGAUCUACAUGUUCUCUUGGAACAAGCCGAUGCACACAGAGCCCAAAUACAAGCUCAUUUGGACCUUUUGGCUAAUCAACCAUCUCCUAUGGACACUCGGCCAGUCUCUGCCCCGGCUCCUAUCCUUCUUCAUGACCUCCCUGUACGGCAAACCUAUGAAUGGGUACCUUCUGAGAAGCUCAUGAGCCUCUUGCCGUCACUGCAACAUACUCUUUUUUCUCAAACUUUCACUGAGGACGAGAAACGCAGCCUUCUCGACCAGUAUCCUCCGAUAUCAGGGGUAAAGUACUCCCCUCCUGUCACUUUACCGCAGGCUACCAAGGUCUUUCACAAAGAAGAUUUCCGAGCAAUGAUAUUACAUGUUGAAGCUGUCAACCCUGCGUUUUCGGUGGCACCUCCUGCUUCCAAUUACACCAUGCAACCAGACGCUUUCAGGAAAGCGAUUGUUCAUCAAACAUCGGCUCAAAAAGCGCUCCGCGAUGCACGCCCUGCUUCACGUUUACGUUUUAACCGGCAAUCGGGUGGUCCUUCCAAUGGCCAACAGUUUUUUUUUUCGAGCCGCCCCACCACAAAACGCUGGUGGACAUCCCGCAUCAAUUUCCAAUCAGACCUUCCAACCUCGCCAGAACCACCAAUCCCGUCCACCCCACUUCCGGAAUGCCUACGCAAGAUUCAGACUGAGAAAAUUACAGCAACAAUAGUAGCCCCCUUUUGGCCGAGCUCGAUAUGGUUUCUGUUACUUCAGUCCAUGGCCAAAGCCCCACCUCUCCUGCUAACAACCAAGACAAUUGAGACCAUGUCACCGCUCACUCCAUAUCCAUUGGCCAACACGAGUCUCAAACGUACAUUAGAAGACACUCUCCUUUCCGACGAUGCACGUAAACUUUUUUUAGACUCACUCACGGACGAACGUCCCACUAACCGCAUCUACGCCAGAGGACAGCAUCUCUUCAUAUUUUGGGCUAUCGCAAACGAGGUCUCCCUUUUGCACUUUACCGCCACUGAUAUGGUUAACUUUUUUACCUCUCCCGAGAUUUCCGUCUACAAUGUCAAUACCUUCCAAACCUUCCGAUCGGCUAUUCGUCGACUCCAUCGCGAUCCUGAUUCUUUGUCUUCUGACUCACGCCUUGUCGAUUUGUUCAAAUUGCUUAAACGUUAUGUGCCUCCGGUAGCUAUGUCUCGACCUUUGAUCGAUCUCUCAUCCACCUUUCUGUUUUUGGCCUCUAUCCCAUCGCAUCCUUCUACAUCUCUUUUUCCUUUAUCCCGCAAAACCGCCUUUCUUCUCGCUAUGGCCGCAUUUCUUCGCCCGUCGGAUCUUCAUCGGGUAAUUCUCAGUAAACGUUGUAUCAAUGGUCAACGUCGCCUCCACCUGGUCAUUGAAGCUCCAAAGGAGACACGCGAGGGCCGCCGUAUCAUAAAAUCGCCUAUCAUUCAUCCACACGGCUCCAAUCAGGCUCUUUGUCCGGUUUUAGCAUUUUUCGUGCUCAGAGAUCACCCUGCCGCACACUCACGCCCAGAUGACACUGUUUGUUUGUUCCGAAAAACCGUCCCUCCCGGUUAG